UUCCACAGACAACCACCAUCGUCAAAAAAAUAUAAGAGAUUCCUCAGCGUCGACUCGACACAUCAACUGGGUCAUUGCUCUCUUUAUUCUUUGUCGAAUAAUUUCUGCAAUUUUCCUUUCAAAUCCGGCGUCCUCUGUCCUGAUGAGGACUGCAGCUCGUCCAGUUCACGAUUUUGGGUAAAAAUUUGUACAAAGAAAAACAGGACACAUCACCUGAAGGACAAUGAGUCGUCCGCAGCCGCCAGCAAUUAACAAAAGAAAGCGGAAAAGUGGCAAAACUGCACCUGCUGCAGCCGGGGCGAAUGCGCUGCUCGUCAUUAGAAACCCGCUCGGAUCCUUCUUGAGGUUUCCUGAGCCGUACGCCAGAUACUUUGACUCCAUUUGGAAAUUAGGGCUCAACAGCAACAGCAGGAGGGACAACAACUUCGUCAGCAUCAACGAGUACCGAGACAUGCAGGUCUCGGUAGUCACAGGCAUGUUGGCGCAGCUCUUUGGCUCCAACGUGGGCGUCUACUCGAGAAGCGCCAUGGACGAGCAGGUCGCCACGAUUCGCAUACCCGGAGUCAAGAUCUUCGCAAUUUUUGCCUUGGGAAUGUUAAAAGUCGUCAGAUUGACUGCCGACCGACUGGAGAAAGACUCGGCUCGCUUUUUGGACACGGUCAACAAAGCAAUCAGGAUGAGAGAAAAUGUGCCCAGCGAAACGUUUUCCGAAUUUCAAGAAAUGGCUGCCACGGCUGCCGGAGAUCAACGUCGGUUGGAGGAGGAGUUUAGAAAGAGAAUUGCGUUUAGAGAACAAGAUACCAGCAUCACUCUGAUUGAAACAGUGAAUUUGAUGUUACCUUCACAGGAUGAUCCAUUUGUUCGAGAUGAUGAAUCAAGCUCAGAAAUUGAUGACAAUUCUGCUCUUGUUCUGCCUUGCCCGUCUCCUCAGCCAUCUCCUGAGCCAAUUUGUCCGCAGCCAUCUCCUGGCCCAACUCCUCCCAAUCCGAUUCACCGUCCGACUCCUCGUCCCACCCCUGAACCAUCUCCUCGUCCGAUUUCUCCUCGCCCAUCUCCGCAGAAGAGGCGUCCAAAAAUUUUGCCUCCGGUGUUCAAGGAAAGGGAUGCUAGGAGAGCCAAAUUGGAUGCUCGGCAGGAAUUCGAGCUCUUUCAAAGUGCUUUUGCUACAAUGAGGAGAUCACGCCGGUGCAGACGGCCCAAGAAAGUGAAUCCUCUGCUGCUCCCUUUCGAUAAUCCUGACAAACCGAAACAGACCCGGCGAGCUAAGAAGAAGGCUCGGGCUGAUUUUGUCCAAGCCAUUAGAAACAGACCAGCGCCAGUCAUUGUUGAAAGGCCUGAAUUGAGAGUGAGAACUCCUCAGCAAACUCGAAGGUCUAAGCAGAGGAAGAGCAGGGGACGUCGUCCACCUUUGCCAACACCGGCGCCUGUUCAGCAGCCUGGACCAAAUUCUCAAGUGCCUGACAUUCCUGAUCCUAUUGAAGAUCAGCCGGUGCUACCUGGACCUGAGCCACCUUCGCCUGGGCCGCAUGACGAUCUGCCUCCUUCUCCUGAACCUGAGCCGCUGCCUGAGCCUGAGCCUGACCCGCCGUCUCCUCCAAGUCCUCCGUCGCCAUUCAACGAGGCCAUCAUCAGGGGUCUGCAGUUCACCCCGAUGAGCAAGCACAGCAUCAUGUACAAAUUGUCGCAAUUGCAUGCUAGUGCUGGUGCUGAAAACAACGAGCACCCAAUCACCUUCAAACAUCUGGCCCCGGUGGACAGCAUGAGCAGAAAGGUCGCUGCACUCGCCUUUGCUCAGUUGCUUGAAAUGUCCAAAAUGGACUACAUCAAGCUGAACCAGCCCCGUGCCUAUGGUGACAUAAAAAUAACCUUGACUCCCUCAUUCGACCAUGACAUUGAAAGGCCAGAAUUUGACAAUGUCGUUCAACCAAAUGAAUGAAACUUCAACCAAGAUACGUUGGCAAAUAUGUCACUUCGGCUGAACUUUUGCAGGUCGUAUCAAAACUAAUUUCGUUUGAAACGAUUUCAUACAAAACUGUUUUCCAAAGAAAAUAAUUAUUCCGAGUAUUUUGUAUUUUGGGUACUUCCUGAAUUUUUGUGUUAUUUCUUGCCUAUGUAAGGCCUCAAAAUUCAAAACUAUAUGUUAUUAAACAUAUACUUCUCAGUGGAGACAUUUUUCCGAGGAGAGAGAUAAAUAAUUGUAUGAUAUGGUACUAAAAAACUAAGCUUCUUUCAUCAUUGUAAAAUUAUUUACUAAAAGCCUGUUUUGCCGUGGUUUUCUUCAUCUCUGCUCUACUUAUCAAAUUGUAUUUUUUUCUGUAUAAUUAUGAUAUAAUUAUCCUAAGCUGAAGUGUAUUUAGCCCUUUUGUAUGUAAUUUAAAUGAAUCAAAUUUUCAUAAAUCUUCUCUAAACAAUACAUUUUCAUACAUAUUUGCUUAUUUU